AGGUUUUCCAUUAUUUACCCAGCAUUGAAGAUCCAACCCCACUCACAUUGAACCCAAGCAGGCUCUCAUAUCAUACCAACAAUACCAGCACUGACAACAACAACAACCCCGCAGCUAUCAUACCCAUCACCAACCGCCAUGUCCGAAUACUCCUUCACCUCCGACUCCGACUCGGGCUCCAUCAUCAUGACCCCAACCACGGGCUCCGAAUACUCCCCCGACGCCUCAUUGCGCGAGUCUUCCCCAUCCUUCUCCAGCCGCGACAGUGGCUCCGACGGCAGCGGCUAUGGCGACGACGACGAGGGCGACGCGGAGGCCGAGUGGCAGGAGAGUCUACAGCAGUUGGAGCUGCUGCUGAGUCUGGUGCUUGUUCCGUUUAUUGGGAAGUGGGUUGGGAGGAAGUGUGCCUAUAUCGGUAUGCUUAAGACAUCCCAUUUGAUGAUUGGGGUGGGGGCUAAUGUACAGGAUAGCGUGGUCGAAGUUUAUGAGUUGGAAGUAUCCUGUUGACGUCGUUGUGGAAAAGGCCGCGCCUAAAAUCGUGUUGUCGGUGGCGGUUUCAUCACCGUGGUAGAGAGGGGGUCGGGGUUGGAAUGGAAUAUCGUCCGUUUUUAUUUCUUGGGAGGUAUAUGUUCGCUGGAGGCAAAGCUCCUGGAGAGAUACAAAUUACAGCGCUAUGGAGUAAUGGGCGUGAAGUUAUUUUUCAAUUUUUUUGCUAUCCUUUCACCGGUCGAUGCUUUGUGAGACCUCUCUCCUCGCAAAGCGUAGCUUUUUCAGUUUGCUUCGUUUCUAUUAUAUCAUAAGCACGAAGAGGGAGAAGGUCAUUGAGCUAAGUUAGAGUGCUUACCAAAGCAUUGUACUAGAAUAUGUAUGCACAAAUCCCCUUAACCCAACCAUGCAAGCUAUUAU